UUGGCCUAGCUGCAACAUUCUCUGUCACUUCUUCAUUCUUCCUGUUUGGCUCUUCAGGGAUCAAUAUUCGGAUAAACAAUUUCUUGAGGUGCUAUGGAGUUGCAACAAGAAAACAAGUCGGACACAGAUGGUAAGAUACCAACAACCCCUGAAAGAAAAGGUAACAUUUCUGAUACAAUUAAUCAUGGCCUAGGAGAUUCCGUGCCUCAAGACCUCGACAUUAAAGAACUGACAACAGAUAUAGAAGUGAAUGUACUAGAUUAUGUGGGCCAGGACUUUCAAAACCAGAUUCCAGCUGACCAACUAACUUCAGAUGUACAUUCAGACCUAACAGAAGGUGUUUCCUCAUUGCAAGAAACAAAACAUGAACUGAGCUCACAACACUCGGAAUUUCAAGAAUUAAUUUCAAGCAAGCAAGACACAAGGGGAGAGGACUUGGAUGAAGAAAUGUUUCAGGAUUGGAGAUCAGAUGACCAGAAAAUUAAAGAUUUAGAACUGAAUACCAAAGAUGAGACAGAUUAUGGAUUGGACAAAAAAGAAGCACAAAAUCUAAGCUCAGAUGAAGACAGUGACUUAGAUCAAUUUUCUCCUCAGUUUCAAUAUGAAAAUGUAAAUAUUGGUACCCCUAAAAUAAUGAAUCAGCUUUCUGUCCUGCAAGGAACUGCAAGUCAAGAAUCAGAACCACAAGACAUUGGUGAACUGAGGAUGGCAAAUCAAGGUAGUGGAAAUCAAAGGUCAGAUGACCAAGAGCUUGAAGAUAUGGAGAUGUCUGAAUAUGAAACUGGUGAUAUGAAAUCUGCUAGACAAGAGAUUGAGGAUCUAAGAAUACAGGUGCAGCAGCUGAUGGCAGAACUUGAAGAGGCACGAGAAGUGUCUCAGAGACAUCAGGAGAGCUUCUGUGAGUUACAAGGUCUCUUAGAAGAUGAACGUCUGGCUAGUGCCCAGCAAGCAGAGACCUUUACCAAGGAGAUCUUGAAGCUUCAAGCCCAGCUGAGGUCUGUCCAAGAGGAACUUGACAGCCUGGAAGAGGAAAAAGAAAGUGAACUGAUGGAGGCCCAGGAAGAACUGAGAUGUGCACGGGAGGAAAUCAUAGUCCUGCGGCAGUCAGCAGAAGAUGCUGCAGCUGAGCGAGAGAAUGAUAUUGCCACCCUACAGGAGGAGCUGUGCCGUGUGAGGGCAGAACUUGAACAACUGCAGCGCACUACAGAGGAGUACGAGCUAGAGAUAACCACACUACGGGCUGAGAUCCAGAUGAAAGGCCUUGGAGGACAAGACAAGACUCAACAAGAACUGGUGCUGCUGGAAGGUAAGAAAAGGUCACUGCAGGAUGAGUGUCGCCUCCUGGUGGCUGAGUGCCAGGCUCUGCGGGACAACAACACUUUGCUGAAGGAGCAGUUGCAACAGUCAGAAGAGCCCUUCUCAGGGAUAGAAGAUGUCUCUCUACAGCCUGAAGAGAUUUUAAGUAGUGAGGCACCAGAAGAAGACAAAAAGCAAGUUUUCAUUGAAGCAAAAGAGGAGCCCAUGAUAAGGCAUACAGCAGAUGUUGUGGUGUCUGGAGACUCAAGGUCCAGCCUUUUGUGGUCUGAUGUGUCAGAAGAUUUGGCAGACAUGUCUCAGAGGAGCUAUAUCGACACAGAUGACGUAACACAAGAAGGGGACAAUGACAUCCUGAUACUACCAAGUCGAGCUAACAGCUGCAGUAACCGGGCUGACUUAAUUUACGGAAGCAAAGGAAAUGACAUCAUCAACAGGACCCAUCUGGAAGUCAUUGGUGAGGAGGAGGAAGCAAGCCUUGUAGAACUGGCUAUCCUACAAGGACAGUUACAUUGUGCAGAGAUUAAAGUUCUACAGGUUCAGAAAGAGUGUGAAGAUUUGCAUAACGAGGUUCGAGAGCUGGAAGAGCGUUAUAAGAUCAGCCAGCAGCAAACGGCAGAGAUCGAAGCAGAACUCAAAAAGUGCAGAGAGGAAAUCCAGAAACUGAAAGGGUCCAGAGCGCAGAAUUCCUCUACCCCCGACCCUCCUGUUUUUUCCAUCCCCAUCAUAGGACUGGUGAUUACAUUGGCCAUGCUCUGGUGCUGGUGGGCGGAAACCUCUUCUUAACAUUGACCAGGAUCCUGAAAACAGAGGAUGGAAUCCCUUCCUGGUCCUGGCUGUGGCCACGGCUGUACUUCUUCUGUACCCAGGUCUAACAAGAGCCCUCUCUUGACAGCCACAACACUGAACAGCUGUGUUCUUUUGCUACACGGAAUGUUUUCAUCUUCAUCAUCACAGCUAGCAGAUGAGUCCAUUAUCCAGACAACCACUGGACAGACUGCUUCUUCUUCAUCACUGGAAACUACUUCCUGUGUCACAGCUUGAUGAGAGCUUUUAUUGCCCUGACAACUACCAUAUUGGAGAUUUUGUCCUUAUAAAUGUCUCUACCAUUAAAUCUGACCAGUUGGGAUAUCUCACUUUGCUGGCAACUCCAAAAAAGGCAAACUUCGUUGUCACCAUGAAGGUGACAUUCUCAUAAUAUAGUUUAAAGAGCAUUAUUCUUCCAUGAUGGAAUGUUCUUUUUUUCACUAUCACUGUGCUCUAUGUCCUCCAAACCAAAAGGUUAUUUCAUCAGUUAACUUGGGCUAUUGACUUUUUCUGCCACAUUGCCUUCAUUAUAGCCUUCUAUUUUGACCACAGUUUUAAGAAAAUCUAGUAAUGACAAAGUCCAACAUAGCACUCAGCUUCAUCUUGAAGGCAUGUACUCAUUCAUCACCUGCUUUAGAGUACUGUUUAAUCCCUAACAUAUGCACACAUACACAGACACACACACACACACAUGCACACAUACCUGUAUACAGUCUUCCAUAGUCUUUGACAAGUAAAGGCUUGUUCCUCUAUCUGCACAGAAGUGUGCAAAAGGUAGAUAAACAUAGUCCGACUCUUCACAGGUGUACAAGCCAUAACAUGUUAAAUUCAAAAUGUAUUCACUUUGAGAAAGCACUGGUUCCCCUGUUGUGCACAUGUGUUUAAUUUUACACUGUCAGUGCCGAUUUAAAUAUCCUUUGCAAUACUUCAAUUUCUAUGUAUUAUAAUAUUUGCCACACAGCAGUACAAAUCAGGAAUUGUUAAAACCUGACAUAUCUCACUAUAUUUUGAGUCUAUUUGGCAGUGGAAUAUACUGAUUUACCUUUAAUGUGGUGACAAGCAAGAACAAGGCCAUUGUCAUGCAGACACAGAGGUAUGGAGGCCAUUGACAAUAUACAACUGAAGAAUAAAGUAAUUAAAUGACAAUAAAUAAACCAAUAAAUAAAUAAAUGACAAUAAACUAAUAAAACACUUGAUACAUGAUGACUAAAAGCCUUCACAGGAGUUGAGGAUCUAAAAGUGUUUUAUUUAACCGUCCAUUCCAGUUUAUUGUCAUUUAUUUAUUUAAAGAGGGAGGACAUUACCACUUUUUACUAUAAGUCUUUAAUACACCCAGCACAUUAGUGUAACACAAUAGUAUAGUAAUACACAAAGUUAUACCUUCUAAAGGAAAGAAAAAAAGAGUUUGCAUUCAGGCACUUUCUGUAUUUAGAUAUCAGGCAAGGAAUAUCACUUUUUACUUCCAGGACAUUAAUACACCCAACACAUCAGGACAUUUUUUUUUGUUCACAUAUAGGAGCACAUAUGCGUUUGACACUUAACUCUAACCCUACCCAUAUUAAAGGUAUAAGAUGCCAAACGCCCACUGUCCAUAUAGUACUGCCAGACUGGGAAGUACAAUCAUUGAAAAGUAUCACAAAAUCAAGCUCAAGCACAUAAUGUGCAAACUGCCUGCAACAUACUGGCCAAGACACGCUAAAUAUGUUACCCUUAUAGCAGUAUGUGGAACUUAUUAAAUCUGAUAUUUACAUUUUAAAGAAGAAAACAUGAUACCAGGUUGUUAAUAAUCCUUUGUAGUUGAAGUAAUCAAUAUUCUGAGAAAGAGAAUGGAACAUAAUGAGGUAUAAAUGUCAGGAUUAUCAGUGCACAUAAUAUACAAGCUGAUAUUACCAAGCAGAGCACUCUCUUAAGAGGAAAUUAAACAAAUCUUAAAUGUAAAGUUAACAGAAGGUGGUUUUAAAUAUUAAACACAUGUUGCAUUCUGUCAUGGGAAUUGGGAAUAACUGCAUUCACAUCUGUACAUAUAUUUAAUGAGUCAGUCCCGACUCAUUCAACAUAUGUACAGACAUGAACGAGUCGCUCCCGACUUAUUCAACAUAUGUACAGACAUGAACGAGUCACUCCCGACUCAUUCAACAUAUGUACAGACAUAAACAAGUCGCUCCCGACUCAUUCAACAUAUGUACAGACAUGAACGAGUCACUCCCGACUCAUCCAACAUAUGUACAGACAUGAACGAGUCGCUCCUGACUCAUUCAACAUAUGUACAGACAUGAUCGAGUCACUCCCGACUCAUUCAACAUUUGUACAGACAUGAACGAGUCGCUCCCGACUCAUUCAACAUAUGUACAGACAUGAACGAAUCACUCCCGACUCAUUCAACAUUUGUACAGACAUGAACGAGUCGCUCCCGACUCAUUCAACAUCUGUACAGACAUGAACGAGUCACUCCUGAUUAUCAUUCUUUCUUCCAUGUAUAACAAUGUCAGUGACCAGCACAACUGUUAGAAAGAGCUACUAUGGCUUUCAAAUAUAAUAAGCUUCCAAACACAAUUUUGCAAAUGUAUUCUGGUAUAUUCAUGUUUUUUACUAAACCAUAAACCAUAGAGUAUGCCUUGUGACUUUGUGAGAUAACAGUGUACAUGAAAACCAGUGAAAGAAUAGGUAAAGUAGAACACUUGUCUCAAGCAAGUUGUUCUUUGUGUCAUCCCUCUCCCUGUUGCUCCAUCUCUGUAGCUGGUUGUUCACCAUUCUCUUGUUAGUGGUAUAGGAGUCCUUGCUUCAAAAUACUCCUUUUUGUCAAGUUAAGUGACUUCAUAUCCACACCCUGUAUAUUAAUUUCUAGAGUUUUCAAAGAUUCUGUUGUUUCUUCCUUUUCUUUGUCUUUACAAAUAAUCUUAAUUAAAUGAUAUCUGCGGGGUCUAUAUUAGAUCACUGAACGCUUAGGUAAGCGAACAGUGAUUAAUUGACCCCAUGUAAGUGAAAGCUUACA